AUGACGACUCCGACCCGGGCCCUGCUGGCCGCCGUGCUGCUGCCGCUGGUGGCCGCCGCCGCGCCCGACACCCUCCGGCUGGUGAACGUGCUGUACCGUCAUGGCGCCCGGACCAUCAUCGCGGCGUACCCGACCGACCCCAACAUCGGCGCCUGGCCGCAAGGUUACGGACAGCUGACCAACGAGGGCAAACAGAACCAGCUCGAGCUGGGCCGCUUCCUGCGCCGACGCUACGACGGCUUUCUGCCGGAGCUGUAUCACGUGAACUACAUACACCCACAUUGA